AUGGAUACCCAGACAGCUUCCAACACAUCCGGUGUUCAGCCAGCUUCCACGCCCCCGGAUGCGUUGACUAUGGCCGCGGUCCCAAAUGUGCCUCCAAUACACGGCUCAGCAGUCGCCCAAGAACCCGUUUCUUACUUCGAGUCUCUCGAUUUGGACCUGCUAGCUGCGACCUCACCAUUACCAGAUAUGGAGUUUAACCCCAGUGACUUUGACCUCCUCAGCAACUCGCUGAGUCCUGCCUCAAGUCCCGCCAAUGGCCAGAAUGCCAUCCCGACUAAUUCCGACACCCCCAGAGAUCCCAAUAGCUCGUGUAUCAAGUGUUUUAGGCCAAGGCCUCCAGGGAGCAUAACACAAGAAGACGCUCUGUGCAGGGCAUGCUACGCCAAGUUGCGGAGGACCCAGUUGCGAGCAGCUGGGCAAUCAAGUAGCCAAGUCUCAAAGGGCUAA